AUGGAGGAGGCGGAAAGAGAUAGGAUUGAAGGGGCAGCUGAAGUGGAUGCGAGAAAGAAAAUAGAUGCAAACGAUGGGGUGAAGAAAGAAGAGAUGAAGAGGAGGAAAACGAUUGUCGAAAUGGAUGAGGAGUUAAAGGCAAAGAUGGAGGGUAGGGAGGGUGCAGCUGGUGUAUCGUAUGAAGGAGGAAAGCCGGUUACAGAUGGGUUUGGAAGAGGUGUGAAAAGUAACAUGUUUAGAGUUAUUUGA